GAAAAAUCCAAAUCCCAUUUAGAUAACCUUCGUUAUCGUUGUGCUUCACUCCCAUUUCACAUCACCAAUGGCUUCUUCUCUCCACCAAAACCCCACUUUCAUCAAACCCCACUCUUCUCCAUCCAUAAAACCCUCAACCCCCACACGACGGAGCUACAUUCCAGUACACUGCGGCGGCCCUCGUUCCCAGCGUGGACCACUCAUCAAAGGCCGAUUCCUAAGCAUAGAAGCAAUCCAAGCAAUUCAAACGCUUAAACGCAUAAACCGAAUCAACCCACAAACCCAAACCGAAACCCAACUUCAAACCAAAACCCUAACCCGCUUAAUCAAAUCCGACUUGGUCGCUACGCUAAAAGAGCUUCUCCGUCAAGAACAACCCACCCUCGCACUUCGUGUCUUCUCAGCCGUCCGAUCUGAAUACGGUGCUGAUCUCACCCUUUAUGCUGAAAUGCUCAAGGUGCUGGGGAAUUGUGGUAUGUAUGAAGACGUGGACCGUUUGAUUGAGGAGAUUGAAGUGGGGGGCGGGAUUGGGUGUGAUGAGGAUCCGAAAGGGGUUUUGAGUUUGAUUAAAGCGGUCAUUGGUGCGAAGAGGAGAGAUUUGUUGGUUAGGGUUUAUGAGAUGUUGAAAAGGAGUGGGUGGGGGGAGGUUGUUGAAUUUGAUGAGUAUGUUGUUAAGGUUUUGAGUAAUGGGUUUAAGGGUUUUGGUGAUGAUGAACUUGCUCAAGAGAUUCUUAAUGAUUAUGAUAGGUUUUGUAAGGCUAAAUUCAAUACGUUUGGGGUUGUCUAGUUUCUGUAGAAAUCAUUUGUUUUGUUUUUGUCUAAACCCAACACAAUUUACAAACAGUUUUUCUGUAAUGUAGAAAAUAUAUGAACAAAAAUUGACUCCAAAUUUUUGAUUAAUUGGAUUUGAUAAAU